AUGCGUCCCGCCCUGGAGAGGCUUCUUUCGAGGCCAUCUUCCCUCGAACUUUUACAAUACCUGACUGGAAAGCACUUCCUCCCCGAAAAUCACAACCGCCGGCGGCGAUGUCUAUAUCGAUGCAGGUCUGGAGUUAGACAAUUCACAGCUGCCGCGGUGGCUGUAGCUGAGGAUCUCGAGAACGUAAACACCAGCCGACCAAGCGCAACGAGCGAUGGAAACUCUCGACAACCAAGUGGUGAGCGCAAUGGCAUUAACCAGAGCGCGCUUUACACAAGAAAGGAAGGAUACCUUCGUAUUCAUGGACCAUGGGAGGAACCAUGGCAGAAACAAUUGUCUACAGUGUCGCAGCUCGAUUAUGAAUCGGAUUUGACUCAGGUCACGAAUACCCCCAAACUGCUCGACCCGGACCAGCAUGGAAAUGAUAUGGCGCUUUGGGCGUUGCUACUAGAGCAUCGUUACAGGAAGUUUGGAAGAGAAGGGGUGCAAAUGUUCUGGGACGCAGUCCGUGCAAGAAAUGUCCAGCUACCUACCACUUCCUCGAUAUCGGACAGGAUGUGGUCUACCUUUCUGCAGUUAGGAUUCGAUAACCCUAUAGUUUUGGAGCAAAUUUGUCAAUAUGCGGACGAGAUUUACGACACCCGAACGGUACGCUGGCGAAAACUCUACGUUCGUGUUAUACAGCACUUUCUCAUUAGCGGAACUGGGGAGGAAGCUAUUCAAUGGCAUGAACGACUGUUAUCUCGGCAUCCUCCUGGGCCUCACGCUUUUGCAGCAAUGUGCCGUACGGUGGUGAUGCGAAAGGGAAACGUUUCGGCUCUCCAGCAAAUUUACGAGGAAAAUACUCAUCGCAAUGCCUAUACAAACGUCAUCAAUGUCUUGUGUGACCAGGAAGACUUUGGUUCUGCUGUAAACUGGCAUAUGUUUUUCAUGAAACAUGAGGACAAACCAGUCUCAAGAGAUGCCGUGGACCGACUCCUUUCAUACCUUACUGCUUAUGACAUGCCGAAUGCAAUCAAAGUUACCCAGAGCAUUGCAGAUGCUGGCGUUUCCUUUGCACCCAGCCUCAGCACGAGCCUUAAGGUAACCCGCGAAAUGAUGAACCGAAUCCACGGAGCGUAUUUCAAAAUUAGUCCCAAGCCAUACAAUGACAGGCUAGGUGCACGGUGGUUUGCUACACGAUGGGUUUCGUUAGAUGUUGCGAUCAACUCGAUCCAUGCUCUAGGCGUUGAAGAAAUUGGUCCAUUAUCGCUGCAAGCUAUCGCGCUGCGUGAACCUGAAUUUAUGAAAUUGCACGAGAGAAUCAUGCAGCUACAAAAACUGGGGAUUUCAGUCGGUUCCUCUGUGUAUUCUCGCGCAGUGGUAAAAUUCGCCCACGAUAGAGAAUAUGAAAACCUGGAGAGCUUGCUACAGAGCGAUCAGCAUCCAGAUACUUUGGAGGAUUCAUCACUUCAAGAAAUUCUUCUGUCAACUUAUGCCGAGAACAAGGAUUGGGUCCAGUACAGGAGGACGUUAUCCAUACAGCAGCUGCGCAGCAAGACCCCCAAGAUUACAAAGGACAAUUUAAUUCUCAGAUUACAUGCUCGGCGAGGCGAUACAAAAGCACUCCAUGCUACGUUAGAUUCGAUGCAACGGAACGGGACGCCUGUCAGUGGAUUUUCCUUGUUCCGAAUUGCUCAAUAUUUCCGUGGGUCACGGCGGCAAGGUAAAAAGCCCAUUUCAAAGGACACUGAUGAUAUUGAGUUCAUUCUUUCUACAAUAAAGCGUAUAGCAUAUUCUGGCAGCUACAUUCCACCUGGCGUAUGGCGAGAGAUCAUGAAAAGGCUUGGGAUGCUUGGGCGACUCGCUGAACUCGAAAAGCUGUGUUUGUUCCUGGCCACUUGGUACAGUCCUAAAAGUAUUGCUGGUGGCGUAAUCAGACGGCAUCGGCUUGAAACCAGGCUCCCAAACUCACACCCACUGCAUCCACUUAAGAUCAUAUUCCCUGCUUCGUUCCAAAAAGCUCUCGUCGAAUGGGGAUUCAUCCACGCACUAAAUAGCAUGCGCUUCGGGUUUUCUAGAAAGAUAUACGCGCUAAACAGCAGACGCCUUAAGUCUCCUGGGCGAUAUCGCAUUGUGCCACCACGUAAGAUGACUUUUGGUAUAAGAAUUUUGCAAAAGCUGUUUGCCAAAAACGUUCAUAUUAACAUGGAGGCUGUCCGGAAGGCUUUGGUUACAAGACUUACUAUAUACUAUGGUCCCGGUAUAUCGACAAAAGAACACAAUCGUCGCGCGAGACUUAACCUUCGGUUGCGUUAUGGUAGGCAAGAAGAAAGCUACCAGGAGAUCAUUUCCCAACUCAAUGAUGCUUUCGGUGCCAAUGUGUGGAGACAACUCCAGGUUCCUCAAUUAGAUGAUUUUCGCUCCGGAAAGGUUUUGGGGAGAGUGCGGAGAAGGCAGGAAAAAGCGGUUGCGAAGGCAAAGCGUGAAAGGGACCGGAAGUAA